AAGGAAGAGAAGCAGCGUCACCUCGAGGAGGCUGCGCGGAAGAAGCGCGAGGAGGAGGAACGCGAGAAGAAGGAAGAGGAGGAGCGCCAGAAGAAGCUCGCUAUUGAAGUGAAGCAAAGAGAGGCGGAAGCCAAGCUCAAGGCGCAAAAGGACAAAGAAGAAGCAGAGGCAAAGGCAAAGGCAGACGCUACUGCGAAGGCUAAGCAGGCAGCCGAAAAGAUCAAGGAGGCAGCCAUCGCAGAAGCGGAGGCUAAGAAAACCGGGAAGGGCAUCACAAACUUCACGAUGGUGGAGAAAGACUUCCUCGCAUACAAAAAGACGAUUGCAGAAAUAAAGCUGGAUAUCGUGGAGCCGCUUCUUGCCAAUAAAGAGUUGAAGUCUGCAUGUUACAAGUUGCGGCGCCAGAUCAAUCCCAAAUUCGGGCAACUCAACAACAGUUUGACACAGUUGGCCGCCAUUACCGAAGUGGUGACCACGGCUGUGUCGCAAGCCAAGCAGGCGAACGAACUUGCGUUCAAGUGGAUUUUGAACUACAUCGCCAAGGCGAUUGUGGUGCAGGCGGGGACCGAGGUGGUGACGGCGCCGGAUCGCGCCGUGCCAUUGUCGAAGCUCGCACUCAACUUGACAGUGAUGUUUCCGGAGCUAAGGCACUACCUCUUGGCACGGUUCGUGAAAAAGUGCCCGUUAGUGAUCGGGUAUACAUGUGCCGUGGACACCGAGGAAGGGCGCUUGCGGAUGGCAUGGAAACGCUCAUCCGCAGGGAAGUGGGAGGAAGAGACCCAGUACAAUGAACGCAUUGGGGGGAUUUUCACAGUGUUUGCGGUCUUGACGCGCUUGCAAUUACAGCCGAACCAGCCGCAAGGUGUAUUCCCGUACCCAAUGGCGUUGGGCUGGACCAUGAUGGCACGGAUAUUGAACAUGCCGGCGGACUUGUUGGCAAAUGUACACUACUUGGCUGCGUCAAACUGGUGGGACGCUGCCGCGGAGGAGUUUUUGAAGGCGUACGGGCGCCAGGGCCAGAAGUUGUUGCAGUUGAUGUGGGACGAGUGGACGUUGCGGGCAAGAGAGAGGGAAUUUGCGGGUGCAGCUAGGUUGCGUAUCGUGGGUGAGGCCUGGGCGAACAGUGGGCGAGUGGAGAGCUUCAAGCCGAUG